AUGGCACCCACCAAGAAGUCCAAGUCCGCCAAGAGCUCGGAGAGCAUCAACGCCCGCCUCCAGCUCGUCGUCAAGUCGGGUCGCUACACCCUCGGCUACAAGCAGGCGCUCAAGCAGCUGCGCAACGGCAAGUCCAAGCUCAUCCUUAUCUCGCGCAACUGCCCCCCGCUCCGCAAGUCGGAGCUUGAGUACUACGCCAUGCUCUCGAAGACCUCGGUCCACCACUACGACGGCUCCAACGUCGACCUCGGCACCGCCGCUGGUCGCAUGUACCGCGUCGGUGUCAUGUCGAUCCAGGACGCCGGUGACUCCGACCUCCUCCAGGUCCAGGAGCAGUAAAUCUUCUGAUACUUGGGCUUCUUCCGUCUCGACGGUCAUGCAUUGUACUUUUACAGUCAUGGCAUGUUGCAUGAUGACCUACGAUUGCGCGGCAUGCUGAUGGCGGAUGGCAAUGGCUGGAGUGCGCGGGGUGCGCGCGAACAACCAGGCGAUGUGUGGGAGGAUGGGUGCAUGUUGGAGUCAGAUGAUAUAUGAUGGGGCUAUGUGGCCAUGCUGG